AUGAUUGAGACCUUUAGUAUCUUUGAAAUAUGCUGGAUACUGCGCUGUGUCCCCGGGCGAGAAGCAAGAUCCACGCUGCUCUCCAUUCUGACCAUCCGCGUCGCCAAAUGUCGACUGUAUCUCCUCCUUGUUCUCAUCGGGAGGGAACGGUACGUCCUGUGGCCAGAGGGUGGGCGUUGUCCCGUUCUUGAAGAUAAGAUGCGGCGAAACGUCUGCAAAAGUGGAAUACACAUA